CUCCCCUAGAGGACGCACGUCAGUCUUCUGCAGCCUAAACUAGCGAAGUGACGUCAUCGUUCCCAUGACCCGGAAGUUCUGCUGCUAUUUCUUGACACGUAGUUCGAGUCCUGGGCGAUUAACGGUGCUUCUUGCAAUGUCAGGGUUUGACAACCUCGACGCAGACUUUUAUCAGUCUAGUUUCAGUGUAGAUGAUCAGAACCAAGGAGGAGGUGGCUACAGCAACACAGAUGUACAGUACAGCAAUCCAUAUGGACAGUAUGACUACUCGCAGCCAAUGGGCUACUCGGCGGCUCCGGGAAUAAUGCAGCCCCAGCAGCCGUACACAGGGCAGAUCUUCCAGCCCACGCCAGCCUCCACGCAGUCCAUGUACAGUAGCAGCUUUGAGGAUGAGCCCCCGUUGCUUGAGGAGCUGGGGAUCAACUUUGACCACAUCUGGCAGAAAACUCUGACUGUGCUGCACCCGCUGAAGGCAGCAGAUGGCAGUAUAAUGAAUGAAACAGACCUGGCUGGUCCCAUGGUGUUCUGUUUGGCCUUUGGGGCGACGCUACUCUUCACUGGUAAGAUCCAGUUUGGUUACGUGUAUGGUAUCAGUGCCAUCGGGUGCCUCGGCAUGUACUGCCUGCUCAACCUCAUGAGCAUGACGGGGGUCUCGUUUGGCUGUGUGGCUAGUGUUCUCGGUUACUGCCUGCUGCCCAUGAUCAUCCUGUCCAGUUUCGGGGUCCUCUUUUCCUUGCAGGGCAUGUUGGGUAUCAUUUUAACAGCUGCCAUCAUUGGUUGGUGCAGUUUUUCGGCCUCUAAGAUCAUCAUCUCUGCUUUGGCCAUGGAUGGGCAGCAGCUGCUGGUGGCGUAUCCCUGCGCCCUGCUGUACGGAGUCUUCGCCCUCAUCUCUGUUUUUUGAACUCUCAACCUCUUUUAAUGGACAAACUGGCGCAACACGCACUCUCAUCCUUUUAUUUGAGGACUGCUUUUGUAACACCCACCACACCACACACCCUCCUGCUGAGUGUUUCCAGUGUUUAUCAUGUUCUCAGAGAAUGUGGCAUUCAUUUCUUCUGCAAUAUUUUUUUUUUUUUUUUUUUACCUGACCACCUACUCUUGAGAAAUGUUUUUGCUUACGUAAUGCAGGUUAAAACUCAUUCUUGUUUUUUAAUGCGUUCACGGCAUUCCAUUGUUCUUUCCAAAAUAGUUAUCUGUAGUAGAGCCAGAAAAUGAAGUGUGUUUAUUGAAGAGAAGAAUGUGUAAUCAAUGCAAAGAGUACACCUCUCCUCCUACACAACAUCUUUAAAGCUUUUGUGUUUCAAGCAAGCAUCUCACUCCAGUAGGUUUUUUUUUUUUGCAAAGUUUGCUUGGAACUGUUAUUCUGUACAUUCCUGAAUUGCUGAUGAUUUGUUCGGACUGUGUUCAUUCAUACACUUGGGGUCAGUAAGAGUGCCUAUAUAUCCACACCAUUCCCAUCGUGUACUAGGCAAAUUAAAUGAAAUGGUACAAAAAUCACACUUUUGUGCAUCUUUUGCAAGCCGCUUUAGAGGAGUAUUUUAGAUAAAAUGAAAAAUGCUUUAAUUUUUUUUUAUUUACUCACUCACUCUCAGUUGGUUCCAAAUCUGUAUGACAUCUAAUUUUAAUAAAAACGCAAUUAAAAGUUAUACAUACUUCUGCAUAUAUACAUAUAUCUUUGUUGCAUACAGGUUUGGAAUGACAUAAAAUUGUCAAUGAAAAAGUUUUUCAAAAAAUUUCAUCAAAACUUUAACGCAGACUGUUGAAAUGUUGUCAGUUGAUUUGUUUUCCAAAUGCGUUUCACCCUUUAACAGAAUCUCGUGUCUGCAGAUCAGUCUUCUGUCUAGUGAACCCUGAUGGCUGAAUUUUGUUUCCAUUUCUGAUUUAUUAGGUUUCACACAUUUAUCUUUUGAAAUGCACAAGGCAGAGCCAAGGUUAAGCUUUAUUUAAAAUAAUUCUAAAAGCAGUCAAAUUUACAGAAUAAAUCUUUCUGACAUGUGGACUGUAUGUAUGGGCUUUUUGUUUAAUUAAGGAGCCAUGACUGUUCUAUCAGAUAGAUGGGCAUAUUUAUAUACAAUGUAACUGUUUUGUAUAUCCAGAAGAGUACAAAAGUUUCUAUCAAUGCUGUCUUGUGGAAAAUCUGUGACCAACUGGUAGGGUGUUACACUUGUGUAAACUUGUUUUAAUUAAAUAAAAAUGCAACUUUUGUUUCAAAA